AUGGCGGAUAGGAAAAAAAAAAAAAAAAAAAAGCGCGGGAAAAUCGUGGUCCGCGUGCUGCACUGCCCGCGCGCCACGCAGGGGCCGCCCCGCCGGGAUUUCCCGCGGCCUUGCCAGUACUGCGGACACGGGCUGUUGCCGCACUUGCGCCGCGGGCGGGGAAAUGCAGGAGAACGCGAAAGCAUCGGGGCAGAGCAGCCGCUGGAGGUGCCCGAGCCGUCUCCCCCUUGCCCGCAGGGCCGGAGUUGCCCACCGCCGGCAGCUGACAGGUCCGUGCUGGAGAGUGGGAGAAGGGUCCCUGCUGGCUGCCGUGUCCUGGGUGGGCACAGAGCUCUGACCUCGGCCAGAUGGGCUGUUCGGUUUCUUUCUCACAGGUUUCCGGGUGUUUUGAUCCUGACGUCGCCAAAGCCUCAGGCUUCUCUCCCUGGGCCCUUGCCGUUGCCGUAUCUCUUGGAUGCCGUGCAGAACGGAAUCAGGCAGCCAAGCCUCAGGUUCGCCUUCUCCCUCACCCUCUGCGCUGCUCGUGUGGCACAGCAGAUCCUGAAGCCAGAGGAGCACGUGUACAUAAGGGUAAAGAGAUUCCUUCUGUCACACCGGUAUUUGGACCUGAGGAAGGUACCAGGUUUUCUCCAGCUUUUCUACAGUUUUGAUUUUGAGUACAAAACAGCACGAGUGGAUCCUCAGAUUUCUUGGGGAAGGGCUGCGUGACAAACAUUGCUGUGAGCUCUAUGUCUACCAGAGGAUUUUCCGGGUCAUUCUUUCCUUUCUCAGCAGUCCUUUGUGUGACCAGGGCUCCCAGAGUCGCAUUCUGGAGAUACGACAGAGUGCUGCCCGUGUCACCUCUAGAGCUGCCCAUGAGCCGAUAGAGGAUCACAGCCUCCUCUCGUGGGUCCUGCACGGCUUAGAGAAAAGGUAACCAGCCAAGUACGGGAGACAUGGGGACAAUUUCCUGUCCACGGCUGAAGAAUGACGUGGCUGAGGAUGAAAGCAAGGGGGACAGACCUGGAGACGGGGGCACCGAGGGCUGCACUGGCAGAACUUGCUGAACGCUGAGGUGUCCCUUGUGUUUUUGAGAAGAGAAUCAAGAGGCUUUCAGGUGGUGGUGGGAGGGACGAUGGUGGGGGGGCUGUGUGAUUUGGGAAUCACUUCCUUGACAAAGCAAAAGGACACCUUGUGCUGGUGUCUUUAGCUUUGAAAUUUCAAGCAGCCUCAGUUCCCAUCCUGUCACAGGACCUGCUGCACAGGAAGUGGCACAGCAAUGGAUUUGAGCUGUCUAGAACGUUACUUCUCCUCCCCUUGCCUCUCCCUGACAAAAAAAUCUCUUCU